AUGGCGUCCUUUCGGACAGCUUCCCCUAGCCAAGAACCAGGCCAGGAUCCAAGGAAACCACGCCAAAUCAGGGGAUCCAAGCGAGCCCCGAGACUUUGCCAACGGCCGAAAACACCAUUGUCCACCUCGCCAGCUCUACGCUUGACCCGAAAAAGAAUGGGCAUUCGAAUUGUCCUUGAUAAAAGUUCUUCACAUAUGCCCAAACAGCUCUCGACUUCUGUCACUACCUACAGGGACAGGGACGAGGACGAGGACGGGGAUACACUUUCGCAUAUGGCUGGCUACCUAUGCUACAGCCCCACCGGUUUGAUCAACAACUCGAUGCUCGGCCACGAACGCCAAAUCCUACCAUAUCAAUAA